UGCUUUAGCUUGGUAUUCGCCGUUGACGCACUCGCAGUUCCGUGUUGUUUCUUUUUCUAACAUUUCUCGUAGAGUUUGUGAUUUUUUCUUAGCAUAUUGCCUGCGAGAAAGACCUAUCAACGAGAAAAAAAUGGCGGAUCAGCUAACCGAUGAACAGAUCUCCGAAUUCAAGGAGGCCUUCUCUCUGUUCGACAAGGAUGGCGACGGUUGCAUCACUACCAAGGAGCUUGGGACUGUGAUGCGCUCCUUGGGACAAAACCCCACGGAGGCAGAACUUCAGGACAUGAUCAACGAGGUUGAUGCAGAUGGCAACGGAACAAUUGACUUCCCUGAGUUCCUGAACCUGAUGGCGCGUAAGAUGAAGGACACUGACUCUGAGGAGGAGCUCAAGGAAGCUUUCAGAGUUUUUGACAAAGAUCAGAAUGGGUUUAUCUCUGCAGCUGAACUUCGCCAUGUCAUGACAAAUCUUGGGGAGAAGCUAACUGAUGAGGAGGUCGACGAGAUGAUUCGUGAGGCGGAUGUUGACGGCGAUGGGCAGAUCAACUACGAGGAGUUUGUCAAAGUCAUGAUGGCCAAGUGAGAUCAAACCAACCCAAAACUAAAAAUUUUAAAAAAUAAAUGCGAGAGUGCGGAUUCGACUUCCACCUUGUGUCCAAGAAAAGCCCCAAAACCAGGAGAAGACGGAUCUGGAUUGUUAAGAAGAUUCGUCGUUGUCGGAUCCUAUAAACAGACAAACAUACACAGACGCACACAAUCUCUUUUGUUUUUGUUCUUGCUCUUCUUCUUCUUCUUCUUCUUCUUUACAUAUGAUAAUGAUCAAAAUAAUUUUAAUUGCGUGCUUUUUUUGUACUUUACUGAUCAGAUCCACAUACAACUAAUUAUUCAUACUACAGAUGAUAAUUGAAAGAUCCAAAGAUUGGAUAAUUAUUUCAUGCAGUAAGGGCCAUUUCAGUACCACACAGAAACAAACACCAAACCCAUUUAUAUAUCAAAAGCUUUAUUCCUGAAUUCAUCCAUAUAUAUAUAUGAUUAUGAUUAUGAUUAUGAUUAUGGAGUAGGUGGUCGACAGAAGGGCCUCAAAUCGAGGGGAGACUGGGUGAAGCAGGAAGUGACGCAGCCGAAGGUCCCGGAGCCGCACCGCCGCAGGCACUGUAUGGCGGCCAACCCCCGGCCGCACUCCCCCACGCACGACACCGCCUUCUGCCCGCACCCCACCAUACAGUCUCCCUCCGGCGUCCCUUGCCCCUCUGCGCCGCCCAAUACCAUCGCCACCACCACUAUCGCUGUCACCAGAACUACGCGCGCCGCCGCUGCCAUUUCUCUCUCUCUCUCUCUCUCUCUCUCUCUCUCUCUAUAUAUAUAUAUAUAUAUGUGUGUGUGUGUGUGU